CGGUGGGAUUCAGCCCGGAGAGGCCGCGUCAACCGUCUGCCGCUCCUCCUCCUGUCCGCCCGCCCGCCCGCCCGUCCCGAAGCGUCUCGCCGCCGGAAACCCUCGCCGCCCUCUCCUCCUCCCGCCGGACCACCCCAUCGAAGGCGAGCAAGUCUCCCGGAUUGUUGUCUGCCAUGGGUGACUACACAAUCCGGAUAAGCACCAGCUUGAUCGACCAGCUUUCGCGCGAUGACGAGAAGGUGAAAAGGAGGACCAGGAAACCCAAGCCGAAGAAGGUCGUGGAGCAACAAGAGGAGCCUCGGGACAAUGGCAGGGAACUUCCAAGCGAGCCCAAGAGCAGCCCUGCUCCCGCUCCUGGGUGGGCGUUGCCGCCCCCCAUGUACCUACCAGUGACCCCUGCUCCUCCACCACCCCCGCCGGCAAUCCAGGAAGUGGAAACCAUACACGCCGUGGUGGCGGAGAGCGAGAAGGUGCUGGAGAAGCUGCAGAAGCAGGAGGCGACGAUGCAUGAGGAGCUUACCAAGAGGGCCAAGGAGCUGCACGAGAAGGAGUUCAAGCUGCCCUACCAGAACCCCUCACCGUGCACUGACGAGAGGGCGGGCUGCGCCGAGUGUUACCAGAGCAACAUCCAGGACCCGCUCAAGUGCGCCGAGGCGGUCAAGAGAUUCGAGGCAUGCGUCAGCAUGGCGAGGCGGAGCGGCACCAUGGGGGCUGCUCAGUGAGUCGGAGCAAGUGAGCGAGGUGUCGUACACAUGAUUUUGGUUUGUCGGGAUGAUUGAAUAGCCUGAAUGGAUUUUCGGUGAGACCUGAAACACCAUCAGUUGUAGAUUAAAAUUCUGUCAAGGGAUUGCACCGGUGCUGGCAAGAUGCCAUGAGUGUCCUUGAUGAAUUUAGGGCCUGAUUCCAUGUUUACUUGCAUACUAGAAAAUGAAACAUGAAUUUGCAUGGUUCGAAUUAA